AGCACUCACCAAUCCAUUGGAAGAUGCUUGACUACAGUUUCCUAUUGGUUGCUAUGGCGAGUGAUGAUGCAAUCAAAGAAGGGUAUAAUACAAGACUAUGGAGAGGUGAUGGAUUUAAUCAGCCCGCAACCAAGGGAGUUAUCCAGGGAUUCUGGCUGUGGAGAGGAAGGCAAGGCAUCGCAAGCUCAGAUUCAUGCCUCAUGACUGAACAUUUAUUGGCCACUGCUUAAGAUAAAUGCCGAGAAAGAGCCGCUAUGAACAUUGAAGUCUGCAACAUCUCUGACACAAGAGCCACUGUCUCCUGGUCCACAAACAACCCCUGCCCGGAGAACUAUUACCACGUCAUCUACCGUCCCAACUGGAACAGCGUCUUUGCGGGCCACUUGCGCCAGAACUUCCAUCGCAAGGAGAGGGUCCCCCACUCCCUUAGCUCCCUGGUCCUCCACAGACUUACUCCCUCAACCGUCUACAUUCUGUGCAUCACAUGUAAAAACUCCUACCCCUCCAGCAACCACUGUACAACGUUCCACACUCUCGACCAGCACCCGGGGGCCUUGCACGGCUUGAAGCAGGAAUCUGCCACCUCCAUGUGGAUGGUGAGCAGCCUAUUGCUCCUCUGCUUUACGGCCUUCUUGGUCUAUGGCUGUUUGCAGUUCUGGUCCUCAAGGUGCCACAAAGUGUCAAGGCUGAGGCAGAAUAGUGCCAACCCAGAGAGGGAAGCGGAUGAACAGACAAGCUCGCCUGAGGGGACUCUGAGCACUGGACUGAUGGAGGAGCUGCUGGAAGUCCCCAUGACGGCUAUCCUAAUGAGGAGUUCCAGUAUCAUGGCAGAGAGCCCAUAUAGGUCCCCCCACUGCUUCUUUCCAAUCCAAAGCAGUGAUGACAAGAGGGCCAUCUUACCUCAGCACGGGUUCAAAUGAAAGGGAAAUAAAAGGAGCUCCCAGCACGGGGAACGCCCGGCAAUUUGUUUUUCAUUUUAGUGGGGCUGCUCUCAUGCUGCAAACGUUGACCUGACACGUUUCGGUGUUCGUACUACGUUGCCCUGGGAUCGAACUUGGGGUUGAAAAUGGCACCUUGACAACAGCCGCGCCUCGACAGCAGGCACCCCCUGCAGAAAGGGCCAGGUUUACAUGGACUCAGAGGUGGAACUAAACUGUAGGCCUGAUCCUGCUUGCUUUGAGGUCAAAGGCAAAACUUCCCUAGACUUUAGUGGGAGACAGCACAAGUCCUGGGACUGUUACAGUUACGCCCUGCAGUGCAGCUGCCUGUACUGUACUUAGUCACUGGGGACCAAAUCCCGAGAGGGUCUGAGUACCUGCAACUCUCAUGGCCUUCUCUGGCUCUGCAGUCACCUCACAGGCUUUGGCCCUGCUUAGGGGACUUCAGUCUUCAGGGCACCUUUCACCUACGGAAUUGCUUCAGGGGAAAACCAAUCAGCCAUUUUGGGUGGGGUUAUGGGUAGCUCGGGGCUCUAGGAAUGGAAUAUUGAGUCAUCUACUCCUAGGUGACUAGAUAAGCCUGCAGUGUCCCUGCACGUGCUGUAUCUGUGCUGUGCAGUCAUCUCAUAGGGCCUUCAGUCACCUUUCCCUGGUAAUAAAACUCACUCUUAAAGCCACUACCAUUACCUCCCAGGCCUCCCCAGUUCUAUGUAAACAAGUCUGCCAUAUACAUCUGAUUGAUAGAUUGCCUGACACUGAUAUAUACACACACCAUCAUUUCAAUAAUUCACCUUUCAGACUACAGGGAUCCCAGUGCUCUUGUGGUACCGAUAACCGGGUGGGAGGGGAGCCCCUCGCUGAGUCUCACCAAUCCAUUCUAAUCUCUGUAUCUCUAGACAGGGGCUGUUCAGUGGCUCUGUCCCAGUGUUAGUCAUCAACACAGGGCUGUGGCCUUUCGGCUCACUCUGACACUGAUGCUUUCAGGAGGAAAGAAGAACUGACAAAGCGGCAACACACUGGUUGCCUCGCCCAGCUUUUCGGUCUCAGCAAAGCCAAGCCGACUUGUGUGUUUCUGGCAUUCUGCUAAUGAACCUUGCCUGGCAUUUCCCACCUGGUGACUGAUUUGUGUGUACAAUCUGCUUUCCUCAUUGUUCAGCCUCCCUAAAUAAAGUCCUUCUUCCUGGCUGAUGU